GUUUGAGAUGUGAGUGGAAGAUGUCGGUUUCGGGUCUGAAGGCCGAAUUGAAGUUUUUGGAGUCAAUUUUUGACCCAAACCACGAACGUUUCAGAAUUAUCGAUUGGAAGCCCGACGAGCUUAGUUGUCAGUUUAACGUAACCGGUGAAAAACUGCUGAUAAUACAUUGCAACAUCACGGAGGCAUACCCCUCUACACCUCCAAUCUGGUUUGUUGACUCUGAUGAUCCAAGUCUGACAGAGGUGUUGGAGCGCUUGGAAGAUGUUAGAAAAGGAACAUCUUUGCUCCUGCAGCAGCUGAAGCGUCUCAUCUGUGACCUGUGUCGACUGUACAACCUGCCCCAGCACCCAGAUGUUGAGAUGCUAGAUCAGCCCCUCCCUGCUGGGCCCAUCAACCCAGAGCGCAAGCAUGGACCAGCAGAUGAAGUGACAUCCGAGGAGGAGGAGGAGGAAGAGAUGGGCGAGCAGGACAUUGAAGACCUGGACCACUAUGAGAUGAAGGAGGAGGAGCCUGUACAUGGGAAGAAGUCGGAGGACGACGGGAUUGAGAAGGAGAACCUGGCCAUCCUCGAGAAGAUCCGUAAGAACCAGAGGCAGGACCACUUGAACGUAAGUGCUCAUUCGGGUGCCGUUUCUGGUUCAGUUCAGGCGUCUGAUCGUCUCAUGAAGGAACUCAGGGAGAUCUACAGAUCGCAGAGUUACAAGACAGGUAUUUAUUCGGUGGAGCUAGUCAAUGACAGCCUUUAUGAGUGGCACGUCAAAAUAAGAACGGUAGACCCAGAUAGUCCGUUGCAUAGUGACUUGCAGGUUCUGAAGGAAAAGGAAGGGGUGGACUACAUUCUGCUCAGUUUCUCAUAUAAAGAUAACUUUCCUUUUGAUCCACCGUUCGUACGGGUCGUCUCUCCUGUGCUGUCCGGAGGGUACGUUCUUGGCGGAGGGGCCUUAUGUAUGGAGCUUCUCACAAAGCAGGGCUGGAGCAGUGCCUAUUCCAUUGAGUCUGUCAUCAUGCAGAUCAAUGCGACCCUAGUCAAAGGAAAAGCCAGGGUGCAGUUCGGAGCCAAUAAGAAUCAGUACAGUCUGGCCAGGGCACAACAGUCAUACAAAUCCCUGGUGCAGAUUCACGAAAAGAAUGGCUGGUACACACCUCCUAAAGAAGAUGGGUAAAGAGUUCACUCCUCAUUCUCCCUGGGAACAUAAUGUCGUUUGGGUAAAAAAAAACACACAAAAAAACAACAAUAUAUUUUAAUUUCUUUUGGAGCUAUUUUCUCCCUUCUGACUUAUUUGGGAGUUAUAUCAUCUUUCUUGUGGAAACCAACUGGCAAAUUCUUCCGUCUGGCCUGUCGUCAGCUCAGUAGACCAGUAUCUCUUCUCUGCCUGGCCCAAUAACGGGCUAGACUGUCUACUCCCUGCUGCAUCACUCCACAGCCCCCUUCACCUGAGGAGAAUGUCUGUUAUAACUGAGGGGCUCGGCUGUCCUGUUGCAUCACUCCACUGUCCCCUUCACCUGAGGAGAAUGUCUGUUAUAACUGAGGGGCUCGGAGGUCCUGUUGCAUCACUCCACAGCCCCCUUCACCUGAGGAGAAUGUCUGUUAUAACUGAGGGGCUCGGAGGUCCUGUUGCAUCACUCCACAGCCCCCUUCACCUGAGGAGAAUGUCUGUUAUAACUGAGGGGCUCGGAGGUCCUGUUGCAUCUUUUCACAUUUUGUUUUCCCUUGUCUCUCUCUCGAUGUGGAGAACAGCCUUUUCUCCUUCCAUACACGCGCUGGUUUUGACGACGUGGGCUCGACUAACAGAUCAUCGUGAUUAGUUCCUCCUCUGUGAGAGAACCUACCUACUGUACAGCAGACAGGUCUGACUAGAGCUGGUUUGUUCGUAUCCACAACCACCACCACCCUGUUUUUAGUGUGAAGCUGUACGCUCUUACAGCCAGCCACAGCAUUGGCAGUCGGAUUUGAACUGAAACCUCUCUGUGGUGGCAGUUGGAUUUGAAAUGAAACCUCUCUGUGCUGGCAGUUGGAUUUGAACUGAAACCUCUCUGUGGUGACAGUUGGAUUUGAACUGAAACCUCUCUGUGGUGACAGUUGGAUUUGAACUGAAACCUCUCUGUGGUGGCAGUUGGAUUUGAACUGAAACCUCUCUGUGGUGGCAGUUGGAUUUGAACUGAAACCUCUCUGUGGUGACAGUUGGAUUUGAACUGAAACCUCUCUGUGGUGGCAGUUGGAUUUGAAUUGAAACCUCUCUGUGGUGGCAGUUGGAUUUGAACUGAAACCUCUCUGUGGUGGCAGUUGGAUUUGAACUGAAACCUCUCUGUGGUGACAGUUGGAUUUGAACUGAAACCUCUCUGUGGUGGCAGUUGGAUUUGAACUGAAACCUCUCUGUGGUGACAGUUGGAUUUGAACUGAAACCUCUCUGUGGUGGCAGUUGGAUUUUAAAGUGAAUAUGAAGGAAGAUGGAGGAUCACUUAAGAUGUUUCAGUGGUCAUCUUUAGUGACGCUGCUCCUUUUUCUCCCCUGACUUUGUGUAAUAUUUACUGGUACCAAAUUACAGACGUUGUUUAAAAGAAAUAGUAUAUGCUUAAAUGUAUUGUUAUUCUGCUUGCUGGCUUUUUUUUUUGCUUUUUAUUUUUAUGUCCCAGCAGUAACAUCAUGUGCCAGAUUGGUGACAAAAUGGUGGCUGACUAGGAUGCAGGAAGGGGUCUCCCAAAAGACACCCUAGUAUCUAGAUAGUGCACUUCUUUUGACCUUUGACCUAUGGGAAUGAAAAAGCACGAUAUGGACAACAUUCUUAGGAAAGCAAAGUAACUCUGGAUCAUUCUAAAAAAUAUAUAUAUAUUUCUGAUAAGUGUGUCGGUCAAAAAAAUACUGGACGCUGUAGUAUAAACGAGUUGCCAUUUUGAGAUGAAAUCUACCACUGCGUACCAUCUCCCUGCUGUCCUGUAGGAUGCGGCUGUUGAUCCUCAGUUACAACAUCACCCUGAACAUGUUUGGUUUUUUUUAGAAUGGUUAAGUGAGCUUGGUCCACCACGCCGUCUGUCAUGUUGUUUUUCUAUUUAAAGGGGAUGGCGUAGGGGAUGGCCUGGUUCCAGAUCUCCUGGGGACACCUGAAACCCCACCUCUUUAAGGAAUACCUAGGAUAGGUUAAGUAAUCUCUCUCACCCCACCCCCCCUAAGUUUUAGAUGCACUAUUGUUAAGUGACUGCCCCACUGGAUGUCAUAAGGUGAAUGCACCAAUUUGUAAGUCGCUCUGGAUAAGAGCGUCUGCUAAAUGACUUAAAUGUAAUGUAAAUGUUAAAUGGUUUGUACCCAGAAGUUCAUACCGUUUCUCUACCGUACCGGGGUAUGCGGUAUUACCGAAUGUGCACAGAAGUUGUUGGCUCUAUUUUUAUGCACAAAACAAUUUAGGUAACCAGGGGCUCUUGAUCCAGGAAGGGGAUUGAACGUCUCUGCUGUAACCAAGAAGCUUGAUCUUGACAUCUCAACACUUAGCUAGCAAGUCAACAAGCAUCGUGCAUAGCUGGAGCCCUGAGCUGGAUAUCAUUUAUUUAACACAUCUUAUAGUUAUACUACAUUUAAAGUUAUAGGCAAUGGUGUUGCACUCACUCCCAUAACAACCCCCCCCCCCCCCCCCCCAAAAAAACCCUCAAUUCUAAAUCAUACCAUUCGUAUUACCCUGGUAUAAAUUGUAUAUAUCGCCCAAGCCUAUUGUCCUCUAAUGACCAUAGGACAAGACGGCACAAAUGGACCUGGGACCAACCAGGCUGGAGCAUAGCAUGCAAGGCUACCACGGCACAACACCGUUACCAUAGCUACAUUACCAGCUAGUUACCAUAGCUACAUUACCAGCUAGUUACCAUAGCUACAUUACCAGCUAGUUACCAUAGUCGGUUACAUUACCUGUUAGUUACCAUAGUUGCAUUACCUGUUAGUUACCAUAGUUGCAUUACCUGUUAGUUACCAUAGGCAGCUUCAUCUCCAGUUAGUUAUCAUAGUUGCAUUACCAGCUAGGUACCAUAACUAAAUCACCAGUUGGUUAACUUAGUCGGCUUUAACUGGAGACUGACGCUUUGUGGGUCUUGCAUAGUUGUAUGUUUUCAAUAGAUCAUAUUUUGUGUUAUAAAAGGACAGAGUUUUCAUUGAGCUAUUUUACUAGUAUACCAGUAGUGAGUUUUAUUGGGUGAUAUAUUCUAUAGCUACCUACAUUGAAACACCGUUAACUAUACUGAACAAAAAUAUAAAUGCAACACAUUAAAUGAUUUUAUUAUAUAAGGAUAUAAGGAAAUACUUAUAUAAGGAAAUACAAAUGACUUGGCAUGGGCACAGCCAUAGAAAGGUCCUGGAAGGGCAUAGGCCCACCCACUUGGGAACCAGGCCCACCCACUUGGGAACCAGGCCCACCCCCAGCCAAUCAGAAUUAGUUCUACCCCCAGGGGGGGUUUAUUACCGACAGAAAUACUCCUCAGUUUCAUCAGCUGUCCGGGUGACUGGUCUCAGACGAUCCCGCAGGUGAAGAAGUCAGAUGUAGAGGGGGGCUUGCUUGGUAACACGCGGUCUGCGGUUGUGAGGCCGGUUGGACGUACUGCCAAAUGCUCUAAAAUGAAGUUGGAGGCGGCUUAUGGUAAAAAAAAAUGAACAUUCAGUUCUCUGCCAAAAGCUCAGGUGGACAAUCCUUGCUGUCGCCAUGCCAAUUGCACACUCCCUCUACUUGAGAUAUCUGUGGCAUAGUGUUGUGAAAAAAACUGCACAUUUUAGUGGCCUUUUAUUGUCCCUCGUACAAGGUGCACCUGUGUAAUGAUCAUGCCAUGUAAUCAACUUAUUGAUAUGCCACACCUGUCAGUUGGAUGAAUUAUCUUAGCAAAAGAGAAAUGCUCACUAAGAGAGAUGUAAUCAAAUCUGUGAACAAAAUAUGAGAGAAAUAGGCUUUUUGUGCAUAUGGAAAAUGUUGUGUAAUUUCAGCUCAUGAAACAUGGGACCAACACUUUACAAGUUGAGUUUUAUGUUUUUGUUCAGCGUAUUUGGAGGGGAGCUCUCCUGACCUGGUAAAAUAAUAACAUCUUAAGAUGCGUCCUAAAUUGGACCCUAUCGCUCAUCAUAUGGCUCUGGUCUAAAUUAGUGCACUAUAUAGGGAAUAGGAUUCUAUAGGGCUCUGGUCUAAAGUAGUGCACUAUAUAUAGGGAAUAGGGUUCUAUAGGGCUCUGGUCUAAAGUAGUG